AUGCCCCCCAACCACAUCAUCCGGGCUAUAAUGCCCAUCCGGUCAAUCGCAUCGCCAAUGGCCACUCGAACAGCAAUCCGCCCCUCCACCCUCUCAAUCUCCCAGAGCCUCCGAUCAGCUUCUACAUCUUCUACUACACAAGAACCCACCAAUCCCUCACCAGCUCCCCCCGCACAGGAUCUCCAGCGACCCGCCCUGCUCCGCAACUACGCCUAUGCCCUGAAGACCGGCACCGUCGAGUCAGUCGGCCGCAUGGAGCGCACCGUCCGCGUCACCCACCGCCACAAAGUCUGGGACAAGCACAUUGGCAAAUUCUACCCCAAGGAAACACGCUACUUGGUCUCUGAUCCUCUCAACUCGCUGCGCGAGGGUGACGUGAUCGAGUUCUCGUCCGGCGCGCCCAAGAGCCGUCACGUCCACCAUGUUGUUGAGCGCAUCAUUAAUCCAUUCGCUGUGCCAAUUGAGGACCGACCGGCUGUUAUGUCGCGGGAACAGCGGGAGCAGGAGCGGGAGCGCCGCUGGGCGGAGAAGUAUGUGCGUCGGGAAUCGCGUCGACAGGGCGAGGAGGUCGAUUUGGUUGCUCGGGCAGCGGCUAUUAUUGGUGAUGAGGCACAGAAUCUUUCGACGGCUGAAUUGAUUCAUAAGAUCCAUGCGGGUCAGGAGCGUGUGGGCAAGUUGAAGAAAUUGGUUCUUGAGCGGACGGCUCAACCUCCGGCCGAGGCCGUGAAGGAGGAGUAA